AUGAUUAAGGCAAUAUUGGUAUUUAAUAACCACGGAAAACCGCGAUUGUCGAAAUUCUAUCAAUAUUUUAAUGAAGACAUGCAGCAGCAAAUUAUCAAGGAGACAUUCCAACUGGUUUCCAAGAGAGAAGAUAAUGUAUGCAAUUUUCUGGAAGGAGGCAGUCUGAUUGGUGGUUCAGAUUACAAGCUCAUCUACAGGCACUAUGCUACCUUGUAUUUCGUCUUCUGUGUGGACUCCUCGGAGAGUGAACUAGGCAUAUUGGAUCUCAUACAGGUCUUCGUAGAAACUCUUGACAAAUGCUUCGAGAAUGUAUGCGAAUUGGACCUGAUCUUCCAUGCAGAUGCUGCUCACCAGGUGCUGGAUGAGCUGGUGAUGGGUGGAAUGGUGCUUCAGACGAACAUGGCUGAUAUCUUAUGCAGACUUCAAGAACAGAAUAAGAUGCAAAAGUCUGAGGCGGGUAUAUCUGCGGCGCCUGCGAGAGCUGUAUCGGCAGUCAAGAGCAUGAACCUGCCGCAGCAGCUUCGGGAUAUGAAGCUUCCCGACCUACCACAGGCUAUUAAGGAUCUGAAGUUCUGA